AUGGAGAACAAGCUUGAGAGAUGGCGUAGCCAUAUUGGAGGCAUUCCAGCGCUGGCGUUGCCUACGGAUUAUCCUAGACCAUCGCAGCCAAAGUUUGUAGAAGCAGUUGAGAAGUUCGGAAUAGAAGAAACAAGCGAACAAUCUGAGUUGAUUGCGAUUUACUUGAUGUUGCUUUAUAGAUACACAGGCGAUACAUCAAUUAUAGUUGGUUUUAACAUCUCAAACGAGCCAACAUUUUCAAAGUUCGAAAUCGAACCAACAGCCUCGUUCAACAGUCUUCUCGACCACGUUAAGCAAACUAUCAGCGACGCAGAAAAGUUCGCCGUACCAUUCGAGCAGCUCAGAUCUGAGAUUCUCAAGGGUAGCCAGUCAAACGAUAGCACCAUCUUCAAAGUCUCACUUUCAACUUCGACAAACGAACGUACACAGUCUGCACUCUCUUCUGACUUGGCAGUACACUAUGAAAAAUUUGAUAACUCUAUUAAGAUUGUCUACAACGCGCUUUUGUUCUCAAAUCAGAGAGUCAAAAAUUUCAUCACACAAUUUAAUCUCAUCAAGCAAAACAUCAGCAGCAUUUCAAACAUAGGAUCAUUUUCUUUGCUCACCGAAUCACAACAAAACAUCCUCCCUGAUCCACGUGCCGACCUCGACUGGUGUGGUUUCAAGGGUGCCAUUACCGACAUCUUUUCACAAAAUGCGCAAGAUGAUCCAACACGCACUUGUAUUGUCGAGAGCACUGAUGAUGGUAAAAAGCAGAUUUGGAAUUACAAAGAGAUCGACGGCGCAUCGAACAUUCUUGCUCACCACCUCUUGAAGGGUGGUAUUCAAAGGGAAGAAGUCGUCAUGGUCUACGCUUAUAGAGGUGUUGAUCUUGUCGUCGCUGUAAUGGGUGUCUUGAAAGCCGGUGCAACAUUCUCAGUAAUCGACCCUGCUUACCCACCUUCACGUCAAAACAUCUACCUCCAGGUUGCACGCCCUCGUGGUCUUGUCGUUCUUGAAAGAGCCGGAGCUCUCUCAUCAGAUGUCAAGGACUAUAUCACCCAGGAACUUGAUUUACGUGUUCAGGUACCUGCAUUGAGCCUCACCAAGGAUGGAUUGAAAGGUGGAUCUCUUGACGGUCAAAGCGAUGUCCUUGCAAACCCAGCUCCUAAUGAAGUUCAACACCCAGGUGUCGUCUUAGGUCCUGACUCUGUCGGUACACUCUCCUUUACAUCAGGUUCAACCGGUAUUCCAAAGGGUGUUAUGGGUCGUCAUUACUCACUCACUCACUUCUUCCCAUGGAUGUCCGAACGUUUUGGGUUAUCUAAAGAUGAAAAAUUCACCAUGUUGAGUGGUAUUGCUCAUGAUCCAAUUCAAAGAGAUAUCUUCACACCACUCUUCCUUGGUGCUCAAUUGCAUAUCCCAACCUCGGAAGAUAUUGGUACACCAGGACAAUUGGCUGAAUGGAUGGCGGACUCUGAGGUCACAGUUACGCACUUGACACCAGCCAUGGGUCAACUGUUAUCAGCACAAGCCAGUAGACAAAUCCCAUCACUGAAGAACGCCUUCUUUGUUGGUGAUGUAUUAACCAAGCGUGACUGCACCCGUUUACAAGCAUUAGCACAGAAUGUUCAAAUUAACAACAUGUAUGGUACAACUGAAACACAAAGAGCUGUAUCAUAUUAUUCAAUCCCAUCUGUAAAUGCUGACGUUUCUUUCCUUGGAAGACAGAAAGAUAUUAUGCCUGCAGGUCAAGGUAUGAUUGACGUUCAGUUAUUAGUUGUAAACCGUCAAGACAAGAACGUCUUAUGUAGUGUUGGUGAAGUCGGUGAAAUAUACGUCCGUUCAGGUGGUUUAUCAGAAGGAUACUUGGAUCCAAAUGCUACUAAAGAAAAAUUCACCGAAAACUGGUUCGGAAGUGGUGUAGAAAGAAAGGACACAAUUGCAUCAUCAAAAGAAGCAUACGGUAGAUAUUGGAAGGGUAUUCGUGAUAGAAUGUACAGAACUGGUGAUCUUGGUAGAUACGGUCCAGAUGGUUUAGUUGAAUGUACAGGUAGAGCCGAUGACCAAAUUAAGAUUCGUGGAUUCAGAAUUGAAUUAGGAGAGAUUGACACUCACUUGUCAGCUCAUCCACUUGUCCGUGAGAAUGUAACACUAGUAAGACGUGACAAAGACGAAGAAAAGGUCUUGGUUUCAUACUUUGUUCCAAAUCAAACGAAUGAUUUGGAAGGCUACAUGAGUAAUGAUGAGGAAGACGACACAGAUGUCCAAGACGAGCGUUCAAGAGAGAUUGCAAGAGGUCUCAAGCGCUACCGUAAACUCAUUAAAGACAUGCGCGAACAUCUUAAGACCAAGUUACCAAACUACUCUAUUCCAUCUAUUUUCAUUCCACUCACACGUAUGCCUUUGAAUCCUAAUGGUAAAAUCGAUAAGCCAGCUUUGCCAUUCCCUGACACAGCUAUUCUUGUCCCUCGCUCAAACGUACGUGACGAUCGUACACUCACACCAACCCAGCAAACUAUUCAUGACGUUUGGAAGAAUCUUCUUCCAUCUGCUCCAUCAUCAAUCGCAUUAGACGAUAACUUCUUUGACCUUGGUGGUCACUCGAUUUUAGCCACUCGUUUGAUUUUCGAAAUCAGAAAGGCUCUCGUCGUCGAAGCUCCACUUGGGUUGGUAUUUGAGCAACCAACAAUCGGUGGAUUAGCGCAAUCAAUCGAAGCAUUGAAGGCAUCAGAUUUGGGUCUUCACUCAGAUGUUAGUGGAAAGAAAGAAGAAAAGGCAGCAGCUGAUGAAGUCUUAUAUGGUCAAGAUGUCGACAAUCUCAUUCCCCAAUUGGCAGCCAAAUACGAAGCACUUCCAUCAGACUUCAACAACAAGAAACUUACUGUUGUAUUGACUGGUGCGACUGGUUUCCUUGGUGCAUUCGUCCUCCGCGAUCUCCUCAAUUUACGUUCAGACAGAGUUGGAAAGGUCAUUUGCAUAGUUAGAGCAAAGUCCAGUGAAGAUGGUAUCAACAGACUUAGACAGGGUGGUUCAGCUCGUCAUUCAUGGGAUGAAAACUGGGUUCAAAGUGGUAGAGUUGAAGCCGUCGUUGGUGAUCUCGAAAGCAACCAUUUCGGAUUAGAUGACAAAGAGUGGAGUAGAUUAUCAAGCGAGUCAGAUGCUAUUAUUCACAAUGGUGCAUUUGUCCACUGGGUUUACUCCUACGGAAAGCUUCGCUCAGCUAAUGUGCUUUCAACACUCACUGCGAUUGAGUUGGCGUCUAACACCAAAUCCAAGGCACUUUCAUUUGUCUCAUCAACAUCUGCACUCGACACAGAACAUUACAUAAAAUUAUCUGAUGAAUUGUCACUCUCCGGUUGUUCUUCAGGUGUAUUAGAAUCUGACAAUCUUGAAGGUGCACGCGAGGGACUUGGAACAGGAUAUGGACAAAGCAAGUGGGUUGCCGAGAAGCUCAUGAUGGAGGCUACCAGGAGGGGCUUAGCUGGUUCCAUCGUAAGACCUGGUUAUGUUGUUGGUGACUCCGAGUCAGCAGUAACCAACACUGACGAUUUCUUGUGGCGUCUUGUUAAGGGUUGUGUCCAACUUGGACAAGUACCAAACAUCCACAACUCUGUCAACAUGGUUCCUGUUGACCAUGUGGCCAGGUUGACAGCACUCUCUGUACUUUACAGGCUCGAGACAGGCGCCAGCACACCAGUCGUACAUGUAACAGCAAGACCACCGGUACGCUACUCAGAUUUACUCGGUUGUCUCGAAAAGUAUGGAUAUGGAGUUGCGACAUCGGACUAUCUCGUCUGGAGAUCGGAGUUAGAGAAGCACGUUAUGGAAGUUGGAGAUAACGCGCUCUUCCCAUUGCUGCACUUUGUAUUGGAUGAUCUGCCAACAUCAACCAAGAGUGCGUCAUUGGAUGACAGAAACGCAAGAAAGUUGCUCGAGAGUGUUAGUGGAGGAGAAAGUGUUAAAACGACGGUUGACAUGCCACUACUCGGACUGUACCUCGCCUGGUUGAUAAAAGCGGACUUCUUGCCUGCUCCAACUCAAAAGGGAGAACUCAAGCUGCCGGAAGUCGAGGAAGCAAGGGCUAUAGGCAGAAGUGGCCAUUAA